UGUGCAAGCGCGGUCUUACGCUGGGCGCAGUACGCAGCCACAGGUACUCGGUGUUGUCUGGUAACCGACAGCAUCCGACGUAGCCGAAGGGUUCGUCGGUACUUCGCGCGGCGGCAAAGCAAGAGAGAUCGGCUCUCUUCCAUUUCGGGUGCCGUCGUAGCAGGACGUGUUUUCUACCGCGUAUCGUCUUUUUAUAUGUGUACAAUUUUUAAUGUGUUAGUUUACUAAAGUUAUUUUGUUAAAUAAAAGCAUACAGUAUCCAAAACACAAAAGUGGCGACGAGUUAAGUGAACCCAGUCAACGUUUUUUUAAGUGCAACAAUUCCGCGAAAACGCCGUCGAAUGUUAAGCCCCGAAGAGACGCCGAUCACCGAGGAGCAGAGACGGCUGUCGCAGAAUGGUGUCCUGAACGCAGCAUUCAUACAGCAUCCACCACCAUCGCAGAAUGCGCCAUCGUUGCAAACAACAUCGGACAUCACAAUGAUACAGCAAAUGCUGCACCUGUUACAGCAGCAAAUGGCCCAACAGCAGCAGCAAAUGACACAGCAGCAGCAACUAUUUUCUCAGCUUAUGCAGCAACGGGAACAGCAGCAACCUACACCAGUGACCCAUUAUAGUGAGCUUCAACCUUCCGCGAAACCCAGCAAUCCGGAGCUCAUCCUCGAAGCUCUUGCUGGCAACAUUACCGAGUUUCAUCAUGAUGCGGAAGCCAACAUCACAUUUGAGUCAUGGUACGCGCGAUACGAUGAUCUUUUCUCGCAAGAUGCAUCCCGUUUGGACGACGCAGCAAAAGUUCGACUCCUUGGACGAAAGUUAGGAGCAGGCGAGUAUGCUCGUUUCACCAAUUUCAUUUUACCGCGUGCCCCCCGUGACCUUUCAUUUUCAGAAAUGGUGGAAAAGCUCACGGUGCUUUUUGGCAAAAUGGAGUCGACCCUAAGCAAGCGGUAUAAAUGUUUGAGCAUCACCAAAUCGCGCUCCGAGGAUCUUUUGUCAUUCACCGGCCGAGUAAACCGCGCAUGCGUCGAUUUUGAAUUUGCAUCUAUGACAGAAGAGCAAUUCAAAUGUCUCGUCCUGGUAUGCGGAUUGAAGGAUGAAUGUGAUCGUGAUAUUCGUGUCAGGCUGCUUGCUAGCAUGGAAGAGCGCACAGAUGCAACCCUAGCGCAGCUAGCAGAAGAUUGCCACCGGCUAGCACGAGUUAAAGCGGAUAGUGCUAUGAUCGCGACCGAUACGAGCGAACGUGUGCACGCGGUCCAUGCGGGUGGAGAUAAGCAGCGGUACCAGAAGAACGACGAGCGAAACUCCAAACCGUUUGACAGAAGCACUGGUUCCAAACCCCGUAAUCCGUGUUGGCUUUGUGGUGCAUUGCAUUGGUCCAGGGAAUGCACGUACAAGGCGCACAAGUGUCGUGAUUGCGGUCGCAUCGGUCAUCGAGAGGGACAUUGCGCUUCCUCACACCGCCGCACGAGGCAUAAGAAAUUUCACCAGCGACCAUUCGUAGCAACCAGAGUGGUACGAGUCAACGUCUGCAGUGUCCAGCAGCACAGAAAAUUUGUAACCAUCCAGAUCGAGAAUAAAUCAGCAAGGUUACAAUUGGAUACCGGCUCGGAUAUCUCGGUUAUCAGCCAGCGCAUGUGGAAGCAGUUGGGUAAACCAUAUCUGACACCAGUAACGGUAAGAGCCAAAGCAGCAUCCGGUGACGUCCUCAGACUGGAAGGUGAGUUCAUAGCGAACGUGUCCAUUGCAAACCGUACAAAGCGAGCUACCAUAAGAGUGUCCAAAAUGGAGUUGGCGUUGUUGGGAGCGGACAUGGUUAAUCUUUUCGCCCUAGGAACGAUCCCGAUGGAUAAUUUUUGCAACAACAUUAAAGAAGCAGAUCCACGGUCCUGGGAGGACAAAUUUCCGUCGGUAUUCCAUGGCACGGGGAUUUGUACCAAAGCCAGCGUUCAUCUGCAGCUACGAAAAGAUGCCCGUCCAGUGUUUCGUCCCAAGCGCCCCGUUGCGUAUGCAAUGGAAGAGAUUGUCAACAAGGAGCUCGAUCGGUUGGAAGGCUUGGGCAUUAUAUCACCUGUCGAUUACUCGGAUUGGGCAGCACCAGUCGUAGUGGUCAGGAAGGCUAACGGACAGAUACGACUAUGCGGCGAUUAUUCGACCGGCCUGAAUGCAGCUUUACACCCGCAUGAGUAUCCACUUCCGUUACCACAGGAUAUUUUUUCUAAACUGGCUAGAUGCAAAAUAUUUACACAACUCGAUCUUUCAGAUGCGUUUCUCCAGGUGGAAAUAGAGACAGGAUGUCGGCCAUUGCUCACGAUUAACACACACCGAGGCCUUUACCACUACAAUAGACUUCCCCCAGGCAUCAAAGUAGCACCGGGAGCAUUCCAGCAGAUCAUGGACAAGAUGCUCGCCGGCAUAAACGGAGUAUCAGCCUAUAUGGAUGACGUGAUUAUCGGUGGUAAAACGCAAGAAGAGCACGACAUCGCCCUGGAGGAAACAAUCAAACGCAUACAAGACUAUGGCUUUACAAUACGGUCAGAAAAGUGUGCGUUCAAUAAGCCACAAAUCCGCUAUUUAGGGCAUAUUAUAGACAGCCAAGGCCUCAGACCUGACCCGUUGAAGAUCGAAGCCAUUAAAAAACUGCCUCCACCCAAAGAUAUCUCAGGAGUACGAUCAUUCAUCGGUGCGGUGAACUACUAUGCAAAGUUCAUCCCAAGUAUUAGAGAUCUGCGUUACCCAAUGGACAAAUUGCUGCAAAAUGACCUCCUGCUCACACAUUAUGACCCGAAGCUUGACAUUGUGGUUUCGGCCGAUGCUUCAUCUAUUGGACUUGGGGCAACGCUUAGUCACAAAUUUCCUGAUGGAUCUCUUAAGGUGGUGCAACACGCAUCUAGAGCGCUGAGUAAGGCUGAAGAGGGUUACAGCCAAAUCGAUCGAGAAGGUCUCGCCAUCAUAUUUGCUGUAACGAAAUUCCAUCGGAUGCUAUACGGUCGACAUUUUACGUUGCAAACCGACCACCGGCCAUUAGUGCGAAUUUUUGGAAGCAAAAAGGGGAUUCCAACGUAUACAGCAAAUCGAUUGCAGAGAUUCGCAUUAACACUUCAGCUUUACGACAUGACCAUCGAAUACAUCCCCACUGGUUCUUUUGGCAACGCCGACGUUCUUUCUCGCCUCAUACAAAACCAUGCGAAACCAGAGUCGGAAUACAUCGUAGCAAGCAUCGAAUUAGAGCAGGAUCUCAGGUCAGUUGCCGUAAAUGCCUUACUAACAUUCCCUAUUCGUUUCAGAGACAUUGAGCUCUACACUCAGCAAGAUCCGUCGCUCCAGAAGGUUUACAAGUACGUGCGAGAUGGUUGGCCUCGCGACGUAGCUUACGGAACAGAUCUUGCACGGCUCUACGAUAGAAGGGAAUCGCUGACCAACGUGGAUGGCUGCAUUCUUUUUGGAGAGAGAGUAGUCAUCCCGGAGAAGCUGCGCAAUCGCUGUUUAAAUCAACUACACCGAGGACAUCCGGGAAUGCAGAGGAUGAAAGCGGUUGCACGUAGCUACGUAUAUUGGCCUAAGUUGGAUGACGACAUAGCACGUUAUGUGGCCUCCUGCGAGGCAUGUGCAGCAGCGGCAAAAUCACCACCAAGGGCAACAUCAAUGGCGUGGCCAAAACCUUCGGCAGUUUGGAACCGAGUUCACAUCGAUUACGCGGGCCCUUGGGAGGGCGUUUAUUUCCUGGUUGUAGUCGACGCGUAUUCCAAAUGGCCGGAGAUCGUCAAAACUACGAGCACCACCACAACAGCCACGAUUACCAUUCUAAGGAACUUGUUUGCUCGUUUCGGUAUGCCUGCAACCUUAGUCAGCGACAAUGGCACACAGUUCGUUAGCGGUCCGUUCAAGGAGUUUUGUCAGCACAACGGGAUUGAGCAUAUUACUACGGCUCCCUUUCACCCACAGUCGAACGGACAGGCGGAGCGAUUCGUCGAUACUCUUAAACGUUCUUUGAGGAAGAUCAGAACGGAGGAGAGUAAGCUAGAUGAGGACUUGGAGCUUUUCCUGAUGACGUAUCGUUCUACACCAAAUGCUCAACUCGAACAGCAGAGAAGUCCAGCGGAGGAAAUGUUCGGUCGCCCGAUAAGAACUGCAUUGGAGCUAUUGCGACCUCCUUCAUCGUGUGAAGAAUCUUCCCCAUCAUCAUCAAUUUCAUCAGUUCGCAGAUUUCAUCGCAGCGACACAGUUUGGGCAAAGUAUUUUAGCAACAACUCGUGGAAGUGGAUCCCAGGGGAGAUUGUCCGCAGCUGCGGGCGUGUAAUGUUCGAGAUCGUUGCCGAAGAUGGACGAUUGUUAAGGCGUCACGUGAAUCAGCUGAGACGACGAGUUGGUAACGGUUCAUCUCCAGCAGUUCAGCUACCCCUUGACGUGCUGUUGGCGGAAUGGAAGGCAUCCAGUCAGCCCGAGGGUGGACAUCAUGUACCGGCAACCCAUUCUACUGAUCAGUCUGCAUUUGAGACAUCCCAACACACUGCGGCCUCCACACCACCACAACCGCAGCAGGCCCUGGAGACCGAACAUCCUACAGAAGGUACGAACCAGCAGCAGAUAGGCGUGCCACGUAGGUCUUCUCGCGUUAGAAGACUCCCCCGUCGGCUUGGAGCCUAUCAGCUCAAUUAACAGGGAGAGAUGUUGUGCAAGCGCGGUCUUACGCUGGGCGCAGUACGCAGCCACAGGUACUCGGUGUUGUCUGGUAACCGACAGCAUCCGACGUAGCCGAAGGGUUCGUCGGUACUUCGCGCGGCGGCAAAGCAAGAGAGAUCGGCUCUCUUCCAUUUCGGGUGCCGUCGUAGCAGGACGUGUUUUCUACCGCGUAUCGUCUUUUUAUAUGUGUACAAUUUUUAAUGUGUUAGUUUACUAAAGUUAUUUUGUUAAAUAAAAGCAUACAGUAUCCAAAACACAAAA